UUCCAAUCGGGCAUCAAGAAAAAAAACUAACAUGAGUGCGAAAAAAUAGCGAAUGUGGGAGUGUAUUUAAAGCGUUUAUGUUAGUGGAAUAUAAGAUCUGCGGCCUACAUCAAAUGAUGAUUUUACAAGCGCUUUGUUCUUUGGCAAUCAGUUUGUCACCUGCAGCUUGUGGGCACUCUUCGUCCUACACUACCUGUAAUAUGAUAUAAUUUUCAUGACUGCUUUCUGUUCAACAUCAACAACUCCAUAAUAUGCGUGCUAUUAUAUAAAGUGAAGUGCUAGAGGGAAAGGAAAUCGUUUGCAGGCUUGUCCGGCCUCUACGUUUCAGAUCACUUUCCCAUAGUUUUGAGUAAAAAUAUUUGUUGGACUAUAAAAACAACAACUUAAUACGACAUUUGCUUUAUUAGUGUUCUGUAUAUUGAAAGAAGAGAAAAGUAAAAACAAAAAAAAACCGUAAACAACGUGGGAAAAACAAGGGUUGCCUUGGAGUGACCAUAAUAUUAAAUUUAAUUAAAUGAACUGUGAUUAUGAGUUCCACAAAAUCGCAAGUAGCAGUCGCUACAAAUAUUCCAAGUCUAUCAUCAUCACAAACUCAAAAAGAGUACAGUACUGAAGAGUCUCUAGGUCGGCAAAAUAGUUUCGGCAAUAAUCGCAGAGGCAACAUGAAGGGAAAGCAUUUGACUCGCAGUCACGCCAUGCGUGAGGCCACAUCGCCUCCGCGUACUCCUACACCACGUGCCGAACACGGCCAGGUGUCACCGAACGGUCAAGCGACCAACAAUUAUCAUCAACAGCAUCACCAUCAGUCUCAACAGCAACACAUGGAUGGCAAUGAGAAUAUACACAAUAGCAAUAGCAAUAACAAUAAUAACAACAACAAAUUGAAUACACAAUCAAACGUAGCACGAGGCAAUUCACCGAUAAUAGAUGCGCCUGCCGUGAUUGUAACUAGUCAACACAACCAACAGCAACAACCAAAUGUUGCACUAUGCAAUGAAGCCGAAUUCCCCAAACUUACACCGCCGAAAUCGACAAAGGGAAGCAGUGGUGGUGGCAACAAUGGUAGCAGCAGCGGUAGCAGUGGUCAACGCAAUAAUAGUAACGGUGUUACCGAUGGCAACAACAAAGUGGAAUACAAUAAUAACAAUGGCAGAAAAAUGGCAAGCAACAGUGCAAAUGGCGGAAACGUUAGUGUCUCUUAUGACUCGACAAAAAGUAAUGUCAGUAAACAUCAGCAAUACAAUGCAAGCAAUGCAUUGCACCAAGCCCUUAGUGUAGGCGAGGCGGCGGUGCGUGGUGGUAUUGGCGGCGGUGCGGGCACAUCGCUGCACAAUUCCGGCAUGAACUAUCAGUUGAAUUCAAAUGAUAGCCAGCAGCAAUCACACCAUCAGAUCGUAUAUGAGAAGGAGAAUCGCUGCCCACGCAACGACAGCCAGAACAGCAACAUGUCCAACAUGCAUGAUGAGGAGCCACAACAACAGCAACAACAUUACGAUCGUCAAGGUGGUGGUGGAGGUGGCAAUAAGAAGCAUCGCACCAACUCCAACUCGAAAGGCAAUAAGCCGCGUUUGAAGAAUAUUGGUGGCUCCUCUUCGGGCAGUGCAGAUGGUGGCAAUUCGAAUAGCAACAACACGUCGGGAUUCAUAUCAAGAGUCUUCAACAACUCAGAGAACUCGAGCGAACAAUUCACUGACCAUGGCGGCACCGAUCUGUUCAGCUUCUUCAAGGAGACCCUUAAUAAGCAUCCCAAAGACAGACAUUUUCUGUUGAAGGUGGAAAAAGAUCUCACGGAAUUCGUGCAAGAAAAAAGCCGCGGUGAAUUGCGCUUCCCACCGGCUUCAUCGUACAACCGCAUGUUGAUACAUCGCACGGCGGCCUUCUUUGGCAUGGAGCAUAAUGUCGAUACCGAAACACAGCAAUGCGUAAUUGUGGCAGCUACCAAAAACACACGCAUACCCGAGAUUCGUUUCAAAUCGUUGGUGCGGGAUCAUCGCGACGAUACACGCAAAUCGAUACUAAAACGCGAUACGCACAGCUUCGACGAGGCACAUCAAAGUAGUUACUUGUGUCCGGAUCGUGGCAGCAUGCUGGACCGUAAGGCAAAGAGUUUUGAAGAGCGCGAAGAGGAUUACGAACGCGCACGCAGUCGCAUUUUCAAUCGUAGCCAAAACGACAGCGGUGAAGGCAUAGACGAUGGUUAUGGAAAUGUCAGUUGGACUCAAUCAGUAGAGCAGCAACAGCAGCAUCAACAAAAUCGUCCACGUCCCAAUAGCAAAAUUAUAAAAUUGCAAAAUUCAAAUGACCCACGCGAUGGCCGGUCUGGUGGUGGUGCAGUACCAAAAGCUCCUAGCUUUAAUAAUUACAGCAGUGGGUCAUCACAAAGUAGUGGUCCGCCUAUGAUGCGCGGUGACUCGGUAAACUCGCACAAAAAUGGCGGAUCUGGCGGCAGUGGAGGUGGUGGAGGAUCGCGAUCGUAUCCGAAGCAAGAUUCAGCUGGCAGCACAAAUACACCCUGGCGUUUGUCACCAUCCAGCAGCGGUUAUAAAACUCAAACCCAAUCGGUGCAUUCCGAUUCGGUCACACCUUCACCGAAUGGCUAUUGUAGUGAGGAUCAAACGUCGGAGCCGUUAAUAUUGACGGCGGAAAGAGUAGCAGUUUGUCACCUGCAAUCACCAACUCAUCUUCAUCUGCAGCCUACGAUAUUGUGCGGUGCCAACAUCAUUCCAGCGCAUUGCGCCGAUACGACGCCAACACCAAUGGAGGACAGCACGACGAUGUCCAGUCGUGGACUGGUGUGGGCUGUAACGGACAUUACGAGUGUGCCAAAGGGCAGCGUGCUAAUCAAUCCGCAAACAUUGCAACCAUUUGUUAACCAAGACGGUUCAAUUUAUCACUUUGACCCGUCCAAUCUGCCACCCAACCAGGUUACAUACCAUCCAAAUCAAGGAAACAAUACCGCCAAUUACGCACAACAGCAAUCGCCUCCACAGCAGCUGCAACAACAAACAACACCACAUCAACAUAAGCAAGACAUCAAUACAAAGAAGAAUAAAACUACACAACCGAUGUCGUCACCAUCGCCAAUUACAUCACCGGCUGCAACUCCAACGCCACAACAACAAAUUCAUUGCAAGAAUGUGUCAUGCCAUGAAAAUGUCGUCACAAUUCCGCUAGCCGAAUCUGUAUCUGAAUCCUCUACCCAGACGGUGGCUAUGUGCAACGAUGUUAAUUGUGAAGGCAUAGAUAUGGAAAUGGCAAUCAAUACCAUGGAAGAAACAUCUACCCAAUUGGGUGUUGACGAGUGCGAUGACACAUCUGCCACCGGUUGUUUGAGCAUCACCACUACAACUUCCACCAAAAGUUAUGAUCGCAUCGAGGUGCAAAAAUUCAAAAAUCAAGCCACCAGCCCGAAUAUUCCAGCUGAAAAGGAGGAGGUGCCAAAGCGUGAGACUUCAGCACCUUUAGAUGCUACAAAUGUGCCACCCCCAGUAACACAGCCACCACCACCACCAAGUCAAACACCCACAAAUGGCGUAAACGUGCCAUUGCAACGUGAUACACCACAUUCUGCGCGUUCCACACCAUUCAGCAACAGCGAGUCAACGCAACCGAAGAAUCGCGCUUCCGAAGAGUCAAAACCCACUACGUGGACAUAUACACAAAGCUACCAGGCACCGGAUGGCUCCACGGUGUUUCACACCACCUCAACGCCUAGUGGCACACCGUAUUGCGCAACAUAUCAGCAGGGGCCUGAUGGUAGUGUUUAUGCCAUUCCACAAGGCAUGGUCUAUGCCUAUCCGCCGCCAGUUGUAAGCCACGCUCCGCAGAAACAGUUGAAAUGUCAAUUCAAUUCGUUGUCUGUUUUGCAGGAGGGUGAAGUGCAGAGUUACUUCAUGCCUGUGUUUGAUCCAAAUCAACCGCGCACCGAUGCAACCGGUCUCAUACCAGCGGGAGCACAGGCCCUAUAUCCUGCCGCUACAGCAGCAGGAAGUACAGCUACAAUGGUACCAGUCGCAGCCGCAUACCCGACCGCACAAUUCGCCGCCGCCAAUGGUACACCCAUCUACGCCCCGAGUCAAUUGAUAUAUUCGGCUGACCAAUUUACAGCGGGUGCGGCGACUGUCGCCGCAGCAGCACCGGCGAAUGGACAACUGCAACAGAUACCGAUGACCACUUACCCAAUCGGGUAUCCGUAUGCUUAUAAUGGUUACUGGAGCCAACCGAUGACAUACUAUGUGCCACAACAAGCGCUCACGAAUGCCGUUGCAGCAACUCCGCUUUUACCAGCACCGACACAGCCACAACCACCUACAGCAGCAACCGCCCAACCUGUGGCCGGACCACACAUUACUAGCGGUAUCAAUAUCGCGAAUGGCAUUGUUACAGCUACGCCGGCGGCUGGACCGUCGUCGAACACCAACGUAGGGCCUUUGGUCAGCGCUACCAAUGUUGGUGGCAUUCAUGCUAGUGGAAACCAUGCUGGCAAUGCAUUUGCGUCCACAAACAGCUACCAAACGCAUAGCGGCACAACGUACUUUGGAACGGGGCGUGUCAAACGACCGGCUUCCUCGCAUUAUGCCAGCCAUCAGAAUAGCGGCCAUCAACUGGUUACGGCAGCCAUCCCAAGUAACGGCAGUGCAACUACCACAUAUCAAUUGGGACCCGCAGUACCCACACUCACAUUGGCACCUACACCGGGUAGUGCAGCAGCAGCAGUAAACACAUCCACAGAUCUCAGUGUUGGCAGCGGUGCCGCUCCAGCCACCGCCAUGUAUACGCUCCCCCAACAUGCGGCGCUCCUUCAUGCUAAUAUUUUUCCAUAUGCACCCGCCACUGCUGCCACCGCCGCAGGAACAGCAGCAGGCAUGGCGCCCACUGUGCACACAUCUGGCGCUCCACCACCGGCAGCACCACAAAUAGCUGCUACCGGCCUGGCUGGCGGUGCGGCUCAUGCACAACAAACAAAUGCUGUGAUCACCCCAUUAUAUGCUCAUCACCCGCCUAUGACAGCUGCCACAUAUCCCACACAUGGCAGCACCGUGCAUACGCCUGGACCAGCUGCCAUACCUAUUGUGGACCCCAGCACACUCACGGCCAUCUCGCAUGCAACACCAACCGGUGCAAAUAGUUCGAAUAAUGUAACGCCCGCAUACAGUGGUGGUGGUAGCGCUUCACAAUCGGCGCCCAGUACGCCACACUCUGUACCUACUCAAGCAGUAUUGCGUAAUCCACCACUCUUCUCCACACCGCCCAUCAUCAACUCGAAUGGUGGUAGCAAUAGUGGUGGCUACAGUGGCAGCUCUACCCCGCAAUAUUACACUGUAAGCGGCGGAUCUGACGGUGGCACAACGCUUAUGAACAGCCCUCGUAGCAGCUCUUAUGUCCAACACGAUAAGCGCAACAAUACAAAUGCUGGUGGCUGUAAGAAACCGCCAGCGUAUCCAAGCAACUCGCUGAAUCGUCAGAACUCUACGUCCUAUAACGGAACUUCGAAUGGAAAACCGCCUCUACUGGGUGGCAACAACGAUACGCGCUCCUCUCCCAACAACGGUAGCAAUAACAGUAGUAGCGGCUAUCAGGGGUCACGCCCACAUGGUAUGAAUAAGCGUGGUGGUGGCGACAAACCCCAGACGCCACUUCUUAGUGGCCCACCCAGCUACGGUAGCGGUCCAACCGUGUCUGCUGUAAACAGCAAUAAUAAUAGCGUCUACCAUGUACAGCACAGCAACUCGUCACCAGAUGCCAAGCCGCCAAUUCGUUUGAAUGCAGGAGCGGCUUCCUUCCGGCUCAAAGGCAGUUUCGGUAUCGCUUAUGAAUUUCGGCGUAGCGCAUCACAACGCAAUUCUCCAGGCACUGGUAACUCCAGCAGCAACGACAAUAGCAGCAAUACAUCACCGAACAGUAUAGUCGGAUCGAGUGGCGGAGGUGGUGCCAACACGCCGAAUUGCUAUGCCACCACUCUCACGGGUGGCUAUGUCAACACUGGCAUCGGCAUACCUGGCAGCAGUAUGGUCGGUGGAGGUGAUCAUCAAGCGGUUGCGACAGCAUCUGGCACAUCAUUAUACAUUACACCGGCACGAGGCGCACACAUUCCACCACAACUGCAACAUGGUGGUAUGGUGGCGGCCGCCGCUGCUGCUGGCGGCACGGCAGCCGGUCUUGCAGGCACACAACAGGCUACCACAGCCGCGGUACUAGGAGGUGCAGCAGCAGCGGAAGUAGCAAAUGCGGCAGCUGCCGCUGUAGCAGCAACAGUGGCGCACCAUCAACCGCUGUUGAGCGCUUACCAGCCGAGUGCAUCGGGAGUAUACAUCAAAUACGGUCAAACGUAUUUUGCACACCCCUCAGUCGCUCUACCGAACAGUCGGCGUUCACCCUCAACGGAGCUGCGGCCGGCUAUGGCGCCCGUCGCUGGCAUGUAUCCCACAGUCAAUAUGAUGAUACCAGCUGCGCCGCGACAUACCCAAGGGCGUCAUCCGAAUCCCAACUAUAAGGGCACACGGCCUCGUUAAACGCAGCCGAACACUGUCAGCAACAGCGAAAAGGAAAAUCAGUGCAAACAUUGUCACCAACACUGAAUGCAUCUGAAAAGGAGGAAUAUGCAAACGAUGACGCUAUACCAAAACCUAAAACUAAGUUUAAGCUAAAAAUAAUCUAACCUAAUGAAACAUAUGCGUAGAUAAACAAUAAUUAAAACAGCAUGUUAGAAAAAACAAAGACAUAUUGCAUCCAAUGGAAAGAAUUAGGAAAGCAGGAGCAAAAUAAACAUAAAUAAUCAUAUAACGACAAUUCGUAGCAAAUACCUUAUAGUGCAUAUGUGUAAAGAUAGAUAAGAAUUUGCAAACAAAACAUAAACGAAAUUUUGAAAAAUAUUUUCCGGACCAUUUUACAAAAUCAAUCAAGUUUAUUAAAAAUUUUGGCACACACGAAAUCCUGUUACACAAAUCAACUCGAAAACAUAGACAAAACACAAAGCAUACUUCAAUAGCCUACUGAAAAACAUGGAAUCAUACAAACUAAUAAUCUUCCACAACUAAAUAUAAAGGUAAAGAAUUCGAAAUGGAGCUCAUAUACUAAUUAUGUCGUGCCAUUGCCGAAAAGUGUAAACAUGUAGGCAUAUAUAUAUACGCAAAAACGAAUUGCAAAGUAAACACAAACCGUAGAAAAAUGAAAAUGACACAAAUAAAAAGAGACUGACUUGAGUUGCAUAUUGGCAGUAACAAGCGAUAAAAGGAGAUGCUAGACUUCGAUGGAAAUGAGUGAAGCGAAAUAGCGCUAUUACAUAUACAUGGUGGUCCAUGUGGAGGUUUUUUAAGAAUUAAAAAAAAUUAUUUCGGUAUUCUUUGGGCUUAUUCGCUUCAUGGAAUACUGGAGUAUGAUUUUGUCAAUGCGGUUGCCUCGGCUGGCUUGCCUUUGCGCAUUCUGUUAGCCCAGUUUUCCAAGACCUCGGUAAAGGUUUGUGGGUCUACCUUAGGCUUAAGAGCCUGAAUAGUUACUGGCUUGCUCGCAUAACGUCGGUCCUUCACGGCACUCCCCAAAAAAGUAUAGUAGCGUCAAAUCGCAGCGAUUACCGGACUUGGUACAUAACAGAUCGAUUGUGGCAUGGAAAACCAUGAAACUGGUAAUCCCUCCUUGUGCGUAUGUUACUGGGAGUGAGAAUUUCCGAAGUGAAUCA